AUGGGCCAUGGUUCUCCACCUUCCUUAUCUGUAGGCAACAGAAGUGAGCAAGUUAACACUUUAUAUGUUUUUGAGCUUGGGUGUUUUCCUUUGUGGGAAUUACAUGAGUCUUUUCCUCCUGCAGACCCCUUUGCUGAUGCAACAAAGGGUGACGACUUACUCCCGGCGGGGACUGAGGAUUACAUUCAUAUAAGGAUCCAGCAACGAAACGGAAGAAAGACACUGACAACUGUUCAGGGAAUUGCAGAUGAUUAUGACAAGAAGAAACUUGUGAAAGCUUUCAAAAAGAAGUUUGCUUGUAAUGGUACUGUGAUUGAACAUCCUGAAUACGGUGAAGUUAUCCAGCUUCAAGGUGACCAGAGGAAGAACAUUUGCCAAUUCCUCUUGGAGAUUGGCAUUGUCAAGGAAGAACAACUGAAAGUUCAUGGUUUCUAAAAUACGUGUAUUCCCAUGAAGAACCCUGCAGUAUUGGUCUUACCUAGCCUGACUCUUCUGUGAAAAAUGAAUCUUUGCAGUGAAUGGACUUCCCUGUUACCUGAACGUUUAAAAUUUGAUUCAGAUUUGCAUGACUGCGUGAAACAUGUGGUGUGUAGACUAGAAACACAUAAGAAAACUUCAGUAAGGUGGUAAUGAAGACACUUGUGAACUUUAACACAUUUCCAAUGGAAAUGUUUUAGCAGUGAUUGUUCAGUUUAUUACUCUCCACCUGACUUAAAUGUGUGGGUUGUAUUAAAAUAGUGUGUGUUGUUGCUUAGAAAUAAAAGUUUAUUCAUAU